UUAUCUGCGGAGAGAGAGAGAGCGAGCGAGGGAGCGAGAGAGAGAGAGAGAGAGAGAGUGAGCGAGUGAGUCACAGAUGGACGACGAACGAAAGAGAGCGAGACAGAGGGAGCGCCAGAGAGACGCCGUAUGUGCGUGCAUAUGUAUGUGUGUGUAAGGGAAAGAGAGAGAGAGAGAGAGAGAGAGAAAGAGAGUUGUACGUAGAGUUGUGUGGUGCGUGUACUGCGUGAGAGAGUGUCUCAGUGAGCGAACGAGCAAGUGAACGCUUGACGCCGUUAUUAUCCGUUGUCCGACCGAUAUUCUCGCACGUUCAACUCGCUUGUCACAAUCUCGCGCGGCACUUCCUCUACUCCCCGAGGCGUCCUUAUACAUUUAACUUUAACCCUCUGUUAUUACGAAUUUAAAUGGAAAAAGAUGCGCAGGUGAAGAGAGAAAGUCUCGCAUGACUCUCGGAGAGAGAAAGGUGGAGGGAGGGAGCGAGAGAAAAAACAGCGAUUACAGAAAAACGAUUCACCGGCACGAAGUUGGCCGUGUAGAGGGGCUCUCCUCUUUCUCUUUCUCUCUACCGGUGUGUGCGUUCCGGUAGAGGGCUGUUUACAUCGAGUAUCCGUGAGUUGAAGCAGUCCGAUCCCGAGUUGUGUCGCGCGUUUACGAGUGCGCGUCGUCCUGUCAGCUGUGCGUCAGGGAACGUGUACGGGAAACACACGCUUCUGCUCGGAAUCGUGCAUCGCGCGCACGAGCGCGGCGACGGCGCAGCGCAGCGCAGCGCAACGCGACCCGAUACCCGGCGCGAGACGGCGGCCCAGACGUGGAGGUUAGGGUGACUCUCUCCUCUCGCGGUCGUCGCGGUGGUGUGGGGCUGCGUGCGCGUUUCCUCGUUGUUUCGGCGGUGCGCGCGAGCGGGGCAGCGCCGUGACAGAAACGCGUGCUGCUUCACCGCCUAGUCGUUUGUUCGCCAGCCCGUCCGCACGCUCGUGCUCGUGUCGUCCGUUCGCGCUCUCACCCGUUCGUUCGCUUUCUGGUGAAUUCGUAUGGUGAAUUAUUGAUCCGCGGCGGCGUGUGCGUGCGGAAAAACCGCCGUUGGCUGGAAGAGAAGAAGAUAGGGGGGGGGGAAAGAGACAGCAAGAUAUAUAUAUAUAUAUAGAGAGAGAGAGAGAGAGAGAGAGAGAGACGGAGGGACUGAUAGGUGUUGGAGAGAGAGGGAGGCGAUAGCGAGAGACAGAGACGGAUAGGGGAGCCGCGGCGGUGGCGCGAGAAAACGCUUGAAGCUUGAGCACAUAUACGGGGUGAGACGUGCACUCUGGUUGGUGUUGGUUGUACAUUGUUUUGAAAAGUGUUGUCGGGCGCGCGCGCGCGCACGUGAAUGCACGCGACGCGCAAAGUUGAUAAUACCGCGGAUAUACCGGCGUGAUUAUCUCUCUUUCUAGACGUGAUAUCGCGAGGGAAGUGUACAUCAUUCUGGUCUCUCCCGUCAUCCGUCCUGUAUUUCGCGUAACGUUAUACGUAAAGUCGGCUUCGCCACGCAACUCGUGGUGCGGUUACGUUCCUCGCGUUUCCUCGUCUCUUUUUCUCGCUCCGCUUUCUUCCGUCCGUCUGACAUUUCUAUCGCGCGUAGGAACGGAGAAACGAACGCGGGAAAAUCGUGCGUGGGGUAAUGUACGCGGUAAGUGUCGCGACGCGCGUAUCUGUCGUUGAGAGGAGAAUGUUUCGCGGAGUGUGAGAAGAGGAUAGGAAAAAGAUCCUGGGUUAAUCUUCUCUUUGAACGACGACGAGACUAACGUGAAUCGCGAAGAACCGUGAAAAACGGUGAAAGGAAAGUCGUCGUCGACGACGAGAGUGUUAGUAGUGUAUUGUUGUCGUCGCGAGGUACGACGACGACAACCACGACGACGACGACGACGACGAGGUCAGCAUCGUCGCGCGGAGGCAACGUGACAUUCUGUAUUCGUUUUAUUGUACGAUCGCUGCUAAGCUCGCUUCGAUAAACUCAGGAGGAAGCAACGUCCCACCUUCGCCACCGCGGCUUGGAUGGAUACUGUGCAUUAUUUCUGGAGUGCACCCACGUCGCCGUCAUCCUGACCUGCCCGAGAAAUCCUCAUGAAAGACUGGGAACUCAGUACUCAAAAUAGCAUCGAUCAACGUUGUGUACAUUACAACUCCGCCGUUGCGCAUCGUACCGGCAGUGCGGUGGCUGCAGCCGACACCAUUUCCGCGCCGUGGACCCCCGCGAGUUCCGGGCCGCCGCCCGACGCCAACGGCUCCGGCUCGGAUACGAAGAACCUCGACGUUGGCGAAAUUAGCGAUGACGAGAAGGACCUGUCGGCAGCGGACGCGGAGGGUGUGUGGUCACCGGAUAUCGAACAGAGCUUCCAGGAAGCUCUUACCAUAUAUCCGCCAUGCGGUCGACGCAAAAUUAUCCUUUCCGACGAAGGGAAGAUGUACGGUCGCAACGAGCUGAUCGCCCGUUAUAUCAAAUUGAGGACCGGUAAGACGAGAACGCGAAAACAAGUAUCUUCGCACAUACAGGUUCUCGCGAGAAGAAAACUUCGGGAAAUACAGGCAAAACUCAAAGUGGAUCAUGCCGCCAAGGAGAAGGCACUCCAGACAAUGUCGAGCAUGUCGAGCGCCCAGAUAGUAUCAGCUGGAAGUGCGAUACACAACAAGAUGCCCCCCGCUCUCGUGGGGCCCCUUGCCCUUGCUUCCACCCCUGUCUCCUAUCCCGGAGCGCAAUUUUGGCAACCAGGCCUACAGCCUGGAACGUCCCAGGAUGUCAAACCGUUCCCUCAACCUGCCUAUACCGGAAAACCGGCAACGGCAGUCUCGAGUGGCGAUAUAGUCCAAGCACAACCUCCACCGCCAUGGGAAGGACGCGCCAUCGCGACUCAUAAACUCAGGCUUGUCGAGUUCUCGGCAUACAUGGAGCAGCAAAGAGACCAGGACAUUUACCACAAACACCUAUUCGUGCAUAUAGGAGGUUCCGCAACCUACGCAGAUCCGCUAUUAGAAGCGGUCGAUGUUAAGCAGAUAUACGACAAAUUCCCCGAAAAGAAGGGUGGUCUCAAGGAACUUUACGAUAAAGGACCACAGGCAGCUUUCUUUCUCGUUAAGUUUUGGGCUGAUCUCAAUAGUAACAUUCAAGAUGAAGCUGGAGCAUUUUAUGGCGUCACGAGCCAGUACGAGAGCAACGAGAACAUGACGAUAACGUGUUCGACGAAAGUAUGCUCAUUUGGAAAGCAGGUGGUCGAAAAAGUGGAAACGGAAUAUGCCAGGUUUGAAAAUGGAAGGUUCGUUUAUCGUAUUAGCCGUUCACCUAUGUGCGAGUAUAUGAUUAAUUUCAUCCACAAACUGAAGCACCUGCCAGAGAAGUACAUGAUGAACAGCGUCCUCGAGAACUUCACCAUCCUCCAGGUUGUUACGAAUAGGGAUACGCAGGAAACAUUAUUGUGCACAGCAUACGUGUUCGAAGUAUCGACAUCUGAACAUGGUGCUCAGCAUCACAUAUACAGAUUGGUCCAAGACUAGCCUGCUUGAACCUGCUCGCCAUGCAGCCAUCCACCCCCAUCAGUGCCUACCAUCACAUAAAGAUCAUCCAUAAGUAUACACACACAAAAAAGACACACACACACACGCACACAUACAUACACGUACACAAUGACAUUAUAAAAAUGUAUACAUAUAUAUCCCAAUCGAUUUUCUCUAUUCUUAAAUCAUUGGAAGUUAGUAUUUCUUUUAUUAAAUUUUAUAAUAUGAACUCUGUCUUUCACUCGCUUUCUCAUUCUAACGCAAAUAUAAUGUAAUAUAAUGGGAAAGCAAGAAAGAAGAGAAAUUUAUCUUAAAGAAAAACAACUCGUUCAACAUAGAGAAAAAAUUAAAAUAGAAAAAUUCGAUUGUACAUUGCGUGCGCGAUAUAUUGCAUGAAUACAUGGAUAUAAUACAACAUGCUUACACUUAAACAGAAAUAUUUUCGUGUCCAUAGUUGGGUGAGUUUCUACGGAAAAUAUUCGAUGGUAUUAGAGAAAUUAUUCUAUAAACAAGUGUAAAUAUUGGGUAAUUAAUGAGUGUCAUAAAUAGAAUAUAUAUCCUUGAUAUACAAUCUGGAUGAAUUGAACUAUUGGUAUGAUAUAAUUUUGUCUACACUCAGACAUACUCUUAUAUAUUACGAAUUUUUUAAUAAUAAAUAUAUUAAUUUUUUUUUUAAUUUAAAUAUUAAUCAAUGAAAAAUAUAGUUUUAUUAAAAAAUAGUUUUGAUUAAAAAUCAAACAAUAUUUCAGUUGCUUAUAAACUGGUUGUGAAUGCUAAGGGACAAAGUUAAAUCUGAGAGAUUUAAUUAAAGAUGAUAACCUUAAGUAUUACGUAAUAAAUAUUUUAAUUGCUACAAAAGUCUCAUUUUUACCUCUAUAAUUUUUGCAUGUUUUGUGAUGCUGCAAAAUAAGAUAGACAAAAUAUAUUGCGAAUGUUUUCCUUGAAACUCCUUAAAGAGGACCUUAUACACAUAUAUAUGUACACACACAUAUACACACACAUGCACACACACGCACACAUACAAUAGAGUACUGGCCAGCCCGAGCUUGAGUUUGAUUCAAAGUUUAUACUUUUAAUAACUUAUUAAGUCUCUAAGUAUUUGUGUAACGUAUUGUAAGAAGAGAUUCUUGCAGAUACGUUAGAGACAAUGUCUUUAAGAUAUAUCACAGUUAUAAAUUUUAUAAUAAAAUAGAUAUAAAAAAUAUCGCAUAUAUAUUUUAUGAUCGCGCGAUUACACAUCAUCCAUUUAAUCGACGAAUUCGUCGAGCUUUUAAUAAAGGGGAUAUAAUAAAUUAAGUUAAAAUCGACAAUAAAUUUUGGUAUAAAACUAUGUAAAGAAAUAUAAGUGAUGUAACAAGAACAAGAAAACAAAGAAACAGACUCUGAUCUCGGAAAGGCAUGGUACCCCAACAUGAUUUAGUAUUAUAGUUUUAUUAUUAAAUUAGACGAUAGAGAACCGCGAGACAAGACAUCCACACACAGAUAUACAUAUAUUAUGUAUAAGAAUAUAUAUGUUAAAUAUUAAUGCAAUGAUUACGAUUUACAUUGUUAUAAAUGAACGUGUAUAAAGUUAUCUAAGUGAUUUCUAAGUUUUAAAGAAAGGAGGUUUAAUUGAGAGAUAUGCCAUUACGACUUUUUAAGUACCGUAAAUUACACUAUGAUUAUAUUGUUUUUAUCAGAAUUAGAUCAAAAACACGAAAAAUGAAACAUCGUACAUCAACAAUGUGUUUUUUUAAGCUCUAUUGCAAAACUGUUUUUUAAGAAUUAGUAUCAUUGUGAAAAUGUUUGCUGCAACGAUCAUUAACAUUUAAUGAUCAGUGGAAAAGAAGAAUGAUGAUCAUUUUUAUAUAUUUUAAAAAUUCAAAUUUCUUUUAAAUGCACUUUACUGUGCAAACCCACCCACUCUGAUUAGGCAGCGACACUUAGGUUAGAGGGAUGUGUUUGUAUUUCUUAUAAUCGCCUUACUUUGUAUUUUAAGAUCAUUUGCUAUAGUUCUUAUUGAUGAAUGAUUUUUCUUAUUUAGUGUACUUCAUUUGUUUUUAUCUUUCUACUACACAUUUACCAAGCGUUAUAUCAGAUUACAUCGAUUACAAAUAGAAGAAUAGGUCACCAUCAUGGAAUAUAGCUAUGUGAUAAGGACUUAGAUCUCUCUGAAACCUAACCUUGGCAUUUUUCACCAGGAGUGUAUUGAAAUCUAUCUCGAAAAAUGUAAAAUAAGACACACACACAUACAUUUGACAAUUGUUAUAGUGGUAUGAAACAUUGACAUUUAAAUUACAAUAUAUCGUUCGAUCGUUUGAUUUCAAUACAACUCUGCAAAAAUCUCUGUAAGUUAAAAGUAUUUUACAGAGCAUUGAUAAGACAAUGUCCCACACUGCAAAAAUAUUUCGUACUUAAUAAUAUAAUUUAUGCGUUUCUUCACAUACAUGGACCAUAGAGAACUUGAAUACAGAGAUUUUUCAUGAAUUCAGUGGCAAUUGUUUAAACGAGUAGAGGACCAUACCCUGCAGCUGACUUUAUUUAAUCGCAUCUCUCGUAUAGAUAAUUAUGUGUAUAAAUGCACAGAAAAUUUUUACUUAUUUUGUAAUCCGAUCUGUUGUGUGUUUCUGAAACAAAACUUGCCUAUCAAGUAAAAUAUAAGCAAGGAAAGAUUGUGUAUAUUUUAAGAAAAUAUUAUUUACUGUAUUCUUACUUUAAUUAACUUUUAUGGAACAAGUGGCAAUGUAUUUUGAUCUCUUUUAGUCAGAAAUAUGUCGCUUUUUAUUUGGGGUGAAAAGUGAAUUUACUAUAUGGUUGACUGGAGUAGAAAGGAAUUUAUAUUUAAUUGAUACGUGAAUGUUUUUUUUUUUUAAACUGGCAGCUUUCACAUAUCUUUUACUUAUUGUUACCGUUUUUUUUUCUUUUUUUUUAUAUAUAUAAGCUUGGUGUUCAUUUGAAAGUAACUCUCAGAAGUAGAAAAAGAUAAGUAUAAAUAAAAAAAGAUAAGUAAAUAAAUAAAUAAGAGAGUAACUCCCUCUUUUCUUUACUCUUUGACAAUAUAUCUAUUGAUUCUUGAGGGUUAUUCUUCAUAAUAUUUUUAUCAAAUGAACACUAGUAGCCAGUAGAAAGUCAUCUCAUAUUGUUUUUUUUUUUAUUACUUAUAUUCUUUUGACAAUAUAAAUUGUGAUUUUUUGCAAAAUCGCUUGCAUAUCAAACUGGAAUUGUAACCACGAUCACGCUUUACAUGGAUGUUCUUUUUUUUGUAAUAUUUUAUUUUAGUAUCUUUAUUGAAAAAUAAAGUUUUUUUAUUUUACAAUUUUUAGUCGUUUCGAUAAAUACAACAUGUGUAAUGUUUUACAGUGUUACAUAUCUAUAAUGAACAAGACGACGUCUCGUGGUUACAUAUCGAAUUGCUUAAUAAUGUAUUGUUAUUUCCAAAAUUGCGCAAUAUCUUUGGAAGAUACUCACAGAUAUUUGAUUGUGUAGAUUUUUAUUUUGUAAAAUUCAAAAAAGGAAGGAGUAUGAAAUUGGAAAAAAGGAGCACCGACACUAAUAUUAUUGACAUUUAAGCGUAAUAAUUUUAAAAUAAGCGAAUUACAUUUAUAAGAAAAGAUUAUGAAAAUAUAUAUUUAUCUAUGUCUUCUGUGAAGAUAGAAAAUAGUACUCUUUCACUCUAUAUUGAUGAUAUCGAAAAUCGAGGCCCGACAAAAAGAUACAAAAUGCAGAAGUAGAUUAAGAAAAAGAAGAAAAAGAGAUAACUCGCACUGUACACAAUAUAUACGAUACGAUCGAUCGAUUGAUUCAAAUUUGUUAAAUAUCUUUGUAUAUAUUUACACAAAGACCAUGAGAAAUUGUUCAAGUUCCAGCAGUUACAUUUUUGUAAUAAGUACUAUCGCAAAAGAGAAACUUUUGCUUACAAUUCAUUAUGAAUCCAAUUUCACAUUUUGAAAUAAUAGUAUGCAAAAAUCAAUACUUUCAUAGAGAUCAUGAUUUCUACAAACUUUUACAGAUAUUUUGCAGGAAAAUAGAUUUUGAUGUUCAACUUAUAUCUUCGUUCUGCAUGUAGUCUGAGUCAGCACUAAAUAUUAAAUAAAAAAUAUGCAUGUUAUAAAUUAUAUUUAUAUACAAGAAGAUUAAGAAACAAAACAAUUACUCAAAUUGUAUUUUAUUUAUAUAUGUUAUCGAGUAAUUUUUUUUUAGUAAAAAUGGAAAAUACAUAUUUCUUAUUUUAUGAAAUAUAUUUUUCAUAUUUAAUUAUAAUAAAAAAGUUAUAUAAGUGGAUGAAUGAAUAUAUCUAACAAUUUACAACUAAUAUUUUGUGCUUAACGUUUUUGUUAUUAAAUAUGAAAAAGCAUAAACUCGUAAUUGUAUUUUAAACUGCAUAUUUCACUUAUUAAAUUUAUUUUUUUUUAUCUAUAUGAAAGUAUUAAUUGCAACAAAUACACAAUCCAGCUAACUAAUUCGGCAAAUUAGAGGAAUUGCAGCUUUUAAAUUUGGAAUUCUUCUAUUUAUUCAUAUCCUGGAACUGCCAUAUCAAAGAAUUGAGCUUGAUCGUAAGGACGAAUAUAAAAAAUAUUGAUUGAAUGAAAAAAAGGAAAUAAGAUCUACUUGUAUAUUAUCAUAAAUGAAACGAAAUGAGGAUCAAAGUAGUUGUUUUAACGAGUAAAUGAAAAUAAAUAAAAUGAUAUAUCAUUAAAAUUAGAGGUUUAAAAGUAUAAUAGAACUCAGUAUAUAUGUACAGUAUUUGAAAAACAUGUUUAUAAUUUGUAUGGAGAAAAUAAAUGAUUGAUAUAAAACGAGA